AAUCGGAAAAAAUUGGGACACCCUGUAUAGCUCCUUCAUGAGAACUUAACUACAACGUUCAACCAUUAAGCACAAUAUCGGCGCCCUAAAUCAAUUGAAAACGAGAUUAAAAAUUCCCUCCUUAUCCUGUCAAAUUUGGUUGGAAAAUUGAGAACACCCGGUAUAAUUCUUACACGAUAAUUUAAUUACAACAACCAGAUAAUACAUAUAACGUCGAUAUGCUAAUUCGUUCGCAAACAAGAUUAGAAAUUUCCUCUUACCCCAUCAGAAAUUUCUAAGAGAAACUGGGACACCCUAUGUAACUCUUACAUAAUAAUUUAAUCACAACGACCAAUCGUACAAUAUCGCCAUCUUCUUUCCGCAACUUCCCCACCUGUUUCUCGAGAUUCAAAAAUUUGUAACGAUCUUCCACAUCAUGAUCCCUCUUAUUCCUAUUCAUGGAAUAAAAUACCAAAGUUGGAUAAAAAAAAAAAAAACUGGGACACCUUAUAUAAGUCCUACAUAACAAUUUAAUCACAACGGCGAACCAUUAAGUGUAAUAUCACCAUCUCUUAUCCCUACCUCCCUUACUUACUUAUAUGCACAUGACGUUCCGUCAAAGUUCGAAAACAAAAAUUUUGGUACACCCUAUAUAACUGCUACAUAACGAUCCAAUCACAACAAUGAAUUGCCUCUUCCUUAUUACUAUUAAGAAAUCCCUCUUACACCCAACAACGUACCUACCAAACUGUGAUGAGAAAAAACUAGGACACCCUGUAUACCACCUCCAUAAUAAUUCAAUCAAAACGUUCAACCUUCAACUCCAUCACCAUCUUCCUUCUCUGUCUCUUCCUCAAAAUUCGAAUCCAUCUUACGCCCAACAACGUACAUAUCUAGCAAACUCGUGGUCAGAAAAAAUUGGGACACCCUGUAUAUCUCUUGCAUUUCGAUUAAAUCACAAUAACCAACCGCCACUUCCUCAAAAUUCACAGACACGAAGAGAUCCCACUUACACUGAACAGCGUACCAUCAUAGUCUGAUGAAAAAAAACUAGGACACCCUGUACAUCUCUUGCAGAAUAAUUCAAUCACAAUAACCCAAUCGCCGCUUCCUCAAAAUUCACAAAUGCAAAGAGAUCCCUGUCACACCGGUGAAUAUACCACCAUGGACUGAUGGGGAAAAAGUAGGACACCCUGUAUACCUCCUACAUGAUAAUUCAAUCACAACGAUCAAGCAUCGACUGCAACAUCAGCAUCUUCUCCCCAAGCUUCUCUGGCAAUUCCUCGAGAAGCAAAAGUUUCCAAAAGCUCGCGCGUUAAACGAUCCCCGUCCGACAUCGCGCGUCGCGUUAAAUCGCUGGCCGAAAGCUCGCAAGCGAUGGUCCGAGGGGCAAGGAACACUCGGAUAUCGCUGGUGAAUGGAUUGAAAAAGCUUUCUCCGUCGGUUCCUUAAAGCGACAACGAAUCAUCUUGAGGCCAUCAGCCGUGAGCGAUGCCCACGAAGGUGGCAGCGUAAGGGGUCGUCGAGGCCGGAGGAGUGAAGGUGGCGAAGGCAGAGGGAGUAGCGAAGGAAGAAGAGGAGGAGACGCUUAUCGUGACCGAGCGUGACGGUGCGUGGCGGCGUGUGCACACGCGUGUCGUUCGUGUGGGAUCGGAUUAUCGGUGUGUCAGUGCGAAAGAAGACAAUUGACUCGCAGCCGCCGUCGUGCUUGCCGGGGGCCUUCUGACGUCACAUCCUGUCCUCUGGCUAGUCGCGAUCUCGUUUGGACCACGGCACAUCAAGCAAGAGAAGAACAAUGACCAGUCACAAGGAACGGAUCCUCAGGAUCCUCGUUUGGGCAAACGUGUACGCGAUCGUUUCAGCCAACGUGACAGACUCUUCGGAGAUCGACCUGUCCAACGAGAUGGACUCGUUCACGACUACGAGGAGGACAUUUCCUGACAGGUGUCUCGUGAAGGCAGAGCCAGGUCCGUGCAAGGACUACGUCCACAAGUGGAGGUUCAUCAAGACCGAGGGCAGGUGCAGGCCUUUCGCCUACGGCGGCUGUUUAGGCAAUGAGAAUCGCUUCAACUCGGAAGCCGAGUGUCUCCACCAUUGCGUGGGUGGUCCUGAACACACGCUGCCGCCAUACCUGGUCACAAAAGGAAGCGUGUUUGUCACGAGCACUGCAACCACCAACACACUGCCCUCUACCACCGCCGUCACCCCACGACCAACGUUUACACCCACCGAGCCAACGAAACCGCCUGUGUCGAAGCACAAAAGAGGAAAGGAGCUAACCUUCAUGGAGUCUGGCUACGAGAAGACGUUCAUGUUCGCGCAAAGUAACACGUUUAUCCAACUGGACGGCAGUGGCAUAAAACCGUUUCAACUUCGACUGUGUCGCGAGAUAUCCUUCAAAUUUCGCACGAAAUUACCCCAUGGUCUGCUGGUCUACCACAGCGUGAAGGAUCGACCAGAGAGUCUGGAUCCGUAUGCCUUGUACGUGAUAGUGGAGAAAGGCCAGCUGAAAGUGGUGCACGUGUUCGGCAAGCGGUCAACCAGCCUCACGGUUGGCGAAGGGUUGAACAGGGACGAAUGGCACAGCGUUCUGGUGAGGAUCGACGUUCAUGGUGCGAAAUUGAUCGCCAGGGUGGACGACAAGCAGGAGGAGACCACGCUCGAAGUUUUGGAACACGUGGUCAAUUAUGGGGUAUCCGAGGAACUCGCGUCUGUCGUCCUCAUUGGAGGGCUGAGUUCCGAGGAGCGAUUGCACGGCGUGAAGUACAUAAUAGAAUCGUUUGUUGGCUGCAUAAGAGACAUGGUUCUCAGCUCGGGCAAAUCGGCCAGCGAUUUGUUGCCCAUCCAGCCUCUGAUUGCCACGAAGCACGAAAACGUGAAAGAGGGCUGCAUAGACAAAUGUAGGACACGGGAGAAUCUCUGUUUCAUCUCGAGCCAAUGCGUGAAUCACUAUAAUAGUUUAACUUGCGACUGCUUUGGGACCAAGUACGAAGGAGAACGAUGCGACGUAUACACGGCCACUAUUUUAACGUUGAGAGGUUCUUCCUACGUUUCCUUUCGUGUUUACGAUUGGAAAGACAGAGUCCACUCGUCUGUCAACAGGAUAAGCCUUGCGUUCAAGACAAAGUGGGACGACUCAGCCUUGUUUUACGCGUCCGGGGAAAUCGAUGGGACCCCGCACUACAUAGCUGCCUCCAUAGUGAACGGAUCGGUGCACGUCGAAUUAGAUUUCGGGCACAACUCGAAGAUCUCGACUGUACUGGGCGAUUACAUCACCUCGAACCAUUGGAACAACCUGACGAUAUUCCACACUGGGUCCCUGGUCUUCGUCAGCCUGGACGACGAGAUCAAAGUUCUCGAGAUCCCUGGGGAAAAUAACAACAUGAUCAUCGAUCCUGAGAUCUAUAUCGGCGGUGGACCUGAGCUUCACAAGAAAAAGGGCCUGCUGUCUCACAACAAUUUUGCAGGCUCGCUGAAAUACGUUUUCUUCAACGACAAGUCCAUUAUUUAUGAGUUGAAACGUUCCAACCCCAUGGUGCAUUAUAUCGGCGUGCUGGAGCCGGAGUACUACGAGGCGGAUGUUGAUGUGAUUCCAAUAACGUAUCCGUUCGCGGACAGCCACAUUUGGUGGCCAAUAGCGCGGACCGACUCUCUUAAAUUGAACUUCGACUUCAAAAGUUCGAAGCCUGUGGCUGUGGUCGCGUCGGGGGACGUGAAAAGCAAUCGUAGUCUUGGAUACUGGGAGCUUCAAUUAGUAAACGACGAAAUUCGCUUCCAACUAAUCCCCGUGCUAACGGAGAACGUCACCGUAUCCGCCGUCGUGAAAUUCCCGCCUUACAACACCUCGUGGCACGCGGUCGAAUUGAAUUACACUAGGGGAGAGCUGAGCGUUCUGGUGGAUUAUCGGAACAAACAGAGCAAGCUGUUCUCCAUGACGUUCGAGCUAGGUGACAAAGUUAUCAUCGGAAGUGGGAAAAGCAACGCGGGGCUGGUCGGUUGUAUGCGUGAGAUACGGGUGAACGACGAGAGAAUAGAACCCAGAUACGUGGUCAAUACCAAGAGAGUCAUUGGAGAGGUAGCCUUGGAUAAUUGCCAAUUCGUCGAUCCUUGUACUAGACCGAACACUUGCGAGCAUGGAGGGAAAUGCUCGGUGAAGGAGGACAGAAUUACCUGUGACUGCACUGACACCGGUUACAUAGGCAAGAAUUGUCACUUUGCUCAAUACAGAAAGACCUGCGAGGAAUUAGCUUUGUUGGGAUACACCCAGGAUGACGUUUACAAAAUCGACAUCGACGGAAACGGAAGAUUCCCUCCGGCUCUUGUGAAAUGCGAGUUCCAGUCCAUCGAAGACUCGACGAAAACCAUCGUGGAACACAAUUUACCCUCGCAAAUCGACGUCCGAUCUAUCGCCGAGUCCGACUUCUCGUUUAACAUCAAGUACAGACAAUUCACCGCUGAGAUGCUUCAGGAAUUGAUCUCACACUCGUUGUACUGCAGCCAGUAUGUUAAGUACGACUGCUACAAGGCGCCAUUGGAGUUGCACAGCGCCACCUGGUUCCUUAGCUCCAAGGGAACCACCGUGGACUACAUUGGGAACGUGAACAGGGGGUCCUGUCCUUGUGGAAUGAACAGGACGUGUGUUGAUCCGAACCUCAGUUGCAACUGCGACGUUUCCGCCGGAAAUGCUGGAAAAUGGCUGUCCGACGAGGGGUACUACGAAACACCGGACUCUCUCGGCAUCACAGGUAUGGUGUUCUUGCAGCAGAGGGAUCUCGAAGAGGAUGCUCAGGGUCGUGUCACUUUGGGCCCCCUGGAAUGUGUCGAAACUAAUACGCAGAAGUACGUGGUCACGUUCACCACUUCUCAAUCGUACAUCGAAGUGCCAGGAUGGAGGAAAGGUGAUAUAGCUUUCAGUUUUCGAACAACUGGGGAGAAGGCUAUUCUUCUGUACCAGCCACCUAUCAGAAGCAAUUAUCCAUCCUUCAUGGUUGCUUUAACCUCGGAAUACCGAUUGACGUUUAACUUCACCCUGAAUACCGGCACCAUAAGGGAGCUUGAGGUGAAGAGUAGGAGGAAAUUGAACAAUGGAGAGUGGCAGAAGAUCUGGAUCGACUACAACGAUUAUCAUGUCAGGUUCAUGAUCAACACCGAUUUCCAAAUGGUCGAUCUCCUGCCUGAAGAAGAGUUUGGACCUUUCGAGGGUUCUAUGUUCAUAGGUGGCGCCACUGCGGAACACUUAAGGACCUCUUCGGUUCGCCAAGGCCUGAUCGGCUGUUUCCGCGGUCUGGUCGUGAAUGGAGAAAUCCUGGACAUUCACAGCUACAUGUCAGUCCACCUGUCCGAGAUCAUAAAAGACUGCAAGCCCUCGUGCCAGCCGAACAAGUGCCAGAACGGUGCCAAGUGCGUAGAACUGUGGAGCAACUUCGAAUGCGUCUGCGAGAACAGAUGGGCUCACCUUGGCACCUACUGCGAGGAGAACAUAAACAACAAGGCCCUGACCUUCACUUCCCAAGGUGCCUUUCUCAACAAGAACUACUUUGGUACGGACGACGAGGACGAAGAAAAGUUGCUACUGAAGGGUAUAAUGUUACAAAAUAUCCUGAUCAACCUGAGAACCUAUGACACUCACUCGUUGAUCCUCUAUGCGAAUGAUCACUUGAACAACUUCGCUCACCUCUACGUAUCCAAUGGCACCAGCAUAGUGUACCUGUUCAACGCUGGCAAUGAGAUCAAGAACAUCACUGUGGAGUAUCCAGGAGUGAACACGGGGAUCUCCGUCCAAAUCGCGAUAAUUCGAAAGGAGAAAUCGACAACGCUCCACGUGAACGAGUACAACUCUACCCUGAACGCAACCCCGGUGUUGCUGGACACGUACUCGAACAAACCGUGGAUAAAUCCGGAAAAGGAGGUACUGGCGCCUCAGAGACCACCGGCGCCACCUACCAACUACUUCCAGGUGAAUCUAGGAGGCUUCGAUCCGGAUGGCCUGCUGAGAGUAGGCAAGGAAGACAUGCAGAUCAAGGGCUACGUGGGCUGCCUUCGUGGACUGAUGAUCGGAGAAUACCUGGUGGAUCUACCUAGCCUCGCCAACGAAGCUAAUCACGAGGGUAGCAAAGGAGUGCUGCCUAAUUGUCAGAUGAAAUGCGACGCUAUGCCUUGCAAGAACCUGGGUAUCUGCACGGAGGAUUUCGGCAGACAGGAGUCUUCGUGCAACUGCGAACUGACAUCGUAUUUUGGAGAAUAUUGCGCUGACGAAAAGGGAGCAGACUUCAGCGGAGAAAGUGUCCUACAGCGAGAGUUCGAUCUGGUUGGCGAAGUGAACCAAGUGAAGGUUCAACUAGCAUUUUCAACCAACGAGCUUCGACAACGUACCACGGCACUUCUGCUCUUGCAGACAGAGAACAAAAGAAACUACUACUUGCUGGUCGCUCUGACGUCAGAGGGUCAACUGAUCUUCGAGGAAGAUAGAGAGGGCUCUGCGUACGGGGUACGCUUGAACGACAGAAACUUUUUGAACGCAGCUCGACACAGUGUAUACUAUGUUCGGGAUAAUAAUACCGCCACACUUUUGAUCGAUCGCGAGCCGGUGCAACUGUUGCCGAUCCCAGUGCUGAACCUGGGAGACGACGAGGACGACAGUCCAGGCGUGACAGAGAUCCAGCUUGGUGGCCUGAACACGACAGAUUCCCGAUUCAGCGCGUACAAGGGAUACACCGGCUGUCUGAGCAACGUCGUGGUAUCGAUCAACGGGGGACCUGGCAUGAAGCCACUCGAGGAAUAUAUGCUCUUUACGAAACAGGGCAGCGAAACCGUAAGGGCGACUAUACUUGCCGGUGUCAGGAGCGCCCAGUGCGCAGUCUUUCACGCGCAGCCACGUGGCCUCGAUCCACCCAGAAACGAUAGCGUGGGUCGAGACAGAGCCUGGGUGGAGGACCCGCCAGAGAAGAUACUGUACAAGUCGCAAUACUCCGACGCGACGCAGGAGGAACAAGGUGCUGGUACUUACAUCUUCAUCGCGCUGUGCUGUGUGUUCGUGACAGCGGUGAUCGGCUGUAUCUACGAGGUUUGGCGCAGCGCGAGAAAAGAUCGACGACGCAGACGCGCCGGUAGCGUCACCGGAGCGUCGACGGUGUCGGCCCCUGGCGCGCAAAGAUGGCAGUCGCAGCAGUACACGGACCAAUUGGGUGGUAACGUGAAGACAGUGGGCUUCAUGACAGUGACCGAAGAAGAAAAAAGACCAAAUGGCACUCACGUGAAGCCGACUGCCAAGGAGUACAAGCCGCUGGCCAACGCGGAGUCGAAAGACUUAGUUAAUGAUAAAAGGGUUCAUAUUAAAGCAGAUGAAGAACCAGAGAAGAAGGAGCUCCUAGGGGUAAAUACAGGCAUCACCACUAAACCUCCGAAAGCGAAUCCAUUCUCGAUGGAAGAUCUACAGGAGGAACCAGAACUGGAGGAAUGCGAAGAGGAAGAAGCCGGAGAAGAAGACGAGGAAGAAGAGGAGGACGAUCCCAAAGAACAGAACCCAGACGAGAAGGAGAGACAUCUGUCAGAAGCAGAGCGUACUAACGAUAAAGAUUUAGCGAAGUCGGCAAUCGCGCUAAAUGAUAUUGGACAACGAUCGACAAUCCAAGAUUUGUUUUCAGAUCCUGCAAGGCGUUUCAUUUGCAAACUUCAACCUAUCUAUUUAUUGGAUGAACGAAGAACUUUUGGAUGUCCACUGAACUAUUUCGCUGAUAUGAAAUGUCAGCCAAGAAACAGCAAAUCCAUUGAAUCAAUAUUGUCUUUGGAUUAACACUUCUGGAAUAUAUAGAAAAAAGUUUAAUUUCGCGCCAUAUUUAUUGCGCGCGCAUCGCAGCUGAUUUAAGCGUGCGAUAAUAUGCAAUAACGAAUCUUCGUCAAACAUUUUAUGAUACUUUCUAUGUUUGCAAAAGUAAAGAUCUACAAUUUAUUUUAAAACCUAGUUAAAAGGCACCUUUUGGAUGCAAGUGUAAAAUGAAACCAACAGCAUAAUAUUUUC